AUGUCAAAAGAGAGUAACAGAGCCAAGUUUGUCGCCGAAUUCCCAGAAUUGGUCAAGGAAUUGAAAUCCGUCCUAACGGGCUAUGGUAUGCCUGCCGAGGCCGUUAAAUGGUACGAGGAUUCGUUGAACUAUAACACCCCUGGUGGUAAAUUGAACAGAGGUUUGUCUGUCGUUGACACCUAUGCCAUUCUCAAGGGUUAUGCUUCUGUUGACGAUUUGCCGGUCGAAGUUUACAAGAAAGUGGCUCUUCUAGGUUGGUGUAUUGAGCUUUUGCAAGCCUACUUUUUGGUGGCUGACGAUAUGAUGGACCAGUCAAUCACUAGAAGAGGUCAACCUUGCUGGUACCGUGUCAAGGAAGUCGGUGACAUUGCGAUUAACGAUGCCUUCAUGCUUGAGGGUGCAAUCUACGUUCUGUUGAAGAAACAUUUCAGACAAGAGCCUUACUAUGUGGAUCUAAUUGAAUUGUUCCACGAUGUUACUUUCCAAACCGAGCUAGGUCAAUUGCUAGACUUGAUCACUGCUCCCGAAGAUAAAGUGGACCUCUCAAAGUUUUCUUUGGAGAAACAUUCCUUUAUCGUUACUUUCAAGACUGCCUACUACUCCUUUUACUUGCCCGUUGCACUUGCGAUGUACGUUGCAGGUAUCAGCGACCCCAAGGACUUGCAACAGGCUCACGAUGUGCUAAUCCCAUUGGGUGAGUACUUUCAAAUCCAGGACGACUAUCUUGACUGUUUUGGUACCGCCGAGCAGAUUGGUAAGAUCGGUACCGAUAUCCAGGACAACAAGUGCUCUUGGGUGGUCAACAAAGCCCUACAACUGGCCUCUCCCGAGCAAAGAAAACUGCUCGAUGAGAACUACGGUAAGAAGGAUGCCGAAUGCGAAGCCCGCUGCAAGAAGUUGUUCCACGACCUUGACAUUCAAAAGCACUACCAGGCUUACGAGGAGAAGGUUGCUCAAGAUCUAAGAGCGAAGAUCGCCCAAACAGACGAGUCUCGUGGUUUCCGUGCUCAAGUGCUCACUGCCUUCCUCAACAAGGUCUACAAGAGAAGUAAGUAG